CAUUCGUGCCUCUGCGUGGUGCUCGGUACACAGCGCGCGGUUUCAUCCAUCCCCCUUGCAACUGCGCUCCACAUUUCCCCCAGUCUUCCUGCGCUCAGACGCGGGGAGUUGGGAGAAAAUAGACAGAGAAAGAGAGAGAGAGAAAGAGGCAGCAGUUUGUGCUUUUGCACCAGACUGAGGCAGGACACCCCGGAGAGAGCGGCAGCCCUGCAGAGAGGCUGCGCGCGGUCCUGUGCUCCAACAACAAGAGUAGUUUCUCUGGGAGGGGAGGAGCCGGAGGAAGGGGGGAGACAGUUGCCUGUUGUCGCGGUUUCUCUCUCCCCUGAGUGGCUGAGGGGUGGCUCUUGUUGACGGGAAACGCACGGCUUGAGAUGAGACCUGAGCGCUGAGUGGAGUAUGCUGCAGACGAUUUACGAGGGCGAGUCAAGUUUCUCCACAACAGAGGGGCGCGUCGGACACCAGCAGCUCCCCAACCAGACCAAGAUGCACAACGUGAACAACUCAGACAAGUCAAAGCCCUUCUGCACUGUAAUGUGGUAGGACCAUCCACCCCAUCCUCCUCAAUCAACCAAGAUAUCAAACCAGACGUGCCAUUGGCUGUGGAGCCCUUAUCACCCUUGGACCUGCGCACAGACCUGAGGAUGCUGGGGCCAGGCUCAGACCCCGGCCUGUGGGAGAGGCAGCUGCAGCAGGAGCUUCUCCUCAUUCAGAAGCAGCAGCAAAUCCAGAAACAGUUACUGAUCAGCGAGUUCCAGAAGCAGCAUGAGAAGUUGACCCGUCAGCACCAGGCCCAGCUCCAGGAGCAUCUCAAGCUUCAGCAGGAGCUGCAGGCCAUGAAGCAGCAGCAGGAACUCGCAGAGAAGGAGCGGCGGCUGGAGCAGCAGCAACAGCAAAGCCAUCAGGAGAAGGAGCAGGAGCGGCACAGGCGAGAGCAGCUCGUCUCCAGCCUGAGCCUGAGGGGCAAGGAGCGAUCCCGAGAGAGUGCAGUGGCCAGUACAGAAGUGAAGCAGAAACUCCAAGAGUUUCUGUUAAGUAAAUCCGCCAAGGAUCCAGUUAUUAAUGGAACUAAUCAUUCUUUUGUCCAUCACCCAAAACUCUGGUACACUUCCUCACACCACACAUCACUGGACCAAAGCUCUCCACCUCUGGGUGGCACAUCCCCGACCUGCCAUUACACUCUGCCGUCACCCAUAGAGAACAAGGAUGACUUCCCCUUGAGGAAGACAGCGUCUGAGCCGAACCUGAAGUUGCGAUCCAGACUGAAGCAGAAGGUGGCAGAGAGGAGAAGCAGCCCGAUGCUAAAGAGACGAGAUGGAAACAUUAUGACCCCUUACAAAAAGAGGGCUCUGGAGCUAAUGGACUCUGCGGCGACCAACAGUGCCCCUGGGUCUGGCCCCAGCUCUCCCAUUGGGGCUUCCAGUGCCUUGGGGACUGAAAAUGGACCCUCCUCACUGCCUACUACUACAAAAACGGAGAGAUGGCCCUCCCAGCCCAGAUUAUUCCGACCUGAAGGCUCCAUGUCCAUGCUCAGCCUGUACACAUCUCCGUCUUUACCCAACAUCUCCUUUGGGCUUUCUAAUGCAUCCUCCUCCAUUAGCGCUGCUAUAGGGUUGAAAGAUAGAUCCACUGAAAUCAAGCACGGGCUGCCAGGGCAUCUGCUGGGCCCUGUGCCCCUUCACACAGCUCUGGAGUCUAAGGUGAGCCCCAGUCACCAGGCUCUCCUCCAACACCUCCUGCAGAAAGAGCAAAUGCGCCAGCAAAAGAUCAUCUCAUCCGGUCAAAGCUCCAUGUCACCCCACCCUCAGUCUCCUCUGGCUAUGAAGGAUCGCCCCUCCAGCAGUAGGCCUAAACUACCAAAACACAGACCUUUGAACAGAACCCAGUCGGCGCCGCUGCCUCAGAACACAUUGGCCCAACUAGUCAUCCAGCAGCAACACCAGCACUUCCUGGAGAAGCAGAAACAGUACCAGCAGCAAGUUCACAUAAAUAAGCUGUUAUCCAAGUCCAUUGAGCAGUUACGUCAGCCCAGUGCACAUCUUCAGGAAUCAGAGGAGGAGCUGGAGGAUCAGCAGCAGCACAGAGAUGAGAUGGAGAGCAUGCAAGAGGACGCGCUGCCCCCUGGAGGAGUCAUCCGGAAGCACACGCUGAGCAGCAGCAGCGGCUCUAGCGGCGAGAUGCCAGACGCUCCCUGUGGGGUCAUCAAGGUCAAGGAGGAGCCCAUUGAUAGCGAGGAUGAAGCUCUGACCAAUCAGCGCUUGGAGUCGGAGCAGAGCACCUAUCUCCACCAGGUCAAAGGAAGACUGGUGAUAAGAGCCAUGAUCUGAAGCAGGGAUGAGCACGAGAUCGUCCACUUUCAGCGUUCACAAACGUGCACAACUACACACGUGCACACAAAGCAGGCGUUGCACAGUAGGCCAGCUCUUUCUGUCGAAACAUGUUAGCUCUUUUCACUCCGCUGUAGACUCACUCAUCCUACACUCUUAAGACUGUUUGUGAUCUUGUGUAGUGGUCUCUGUAAAAUAUGUAAGUUUGACUUGUGUACAUAUGAACGACGUUUAGACCAUUCUUUUUAAGAGCUGCUUCAGUCUUCUCAGGUUUGCUGGUUCUGACAAAAAAGUUGUACAUUUACUGUGGAUUAAGCGACAAAGAGGAUUUUUAGAGGGAAGCUAAAGCAGGUGUUUGGUUUCAAAGAGCCUCCUUAUAUUCCCAUUAUGUACAUUUUUUCCAUAAAAUCUUUGAAUGCUCCUCUACUCAUUUAACGACUGAAAGAUAUAUAUUAGUAAGUCCUUGUAGUGUGUUGAAAAUCCGCACUACAUAUGACGAUGCUCAGCAGGUUAAAGGGUUUCUGAGCGAAACAUCUGCCUCAGAGAGAAUGUAUUCUUAAAUCCUCAGAAAAGGAUCCUCCCACAGGGCAGUCUUAGGAGUGAUAUUACCACUGAAAUAUGGUCCGCUGCUCAUAUUGCAAUUUGAAUGAUAAAGCACAAAAUCCCUCCUUGGGUGUGCAGGCAUCUCCCAACACAUCUCCCAGCCUCCGUGUCUCUGUCUGUAAGCGGUCCCAGAGCCAGAGCCCUGAGUUCAGCUGAGCUCUCCUCCCUCUGGGUCCAAAUCAAAGCUCCACAGAGUUCCUGCCCAGCUUUCAGCAGAAGAGCCAGACUGAGCGAAAAGAGAGAGAAGGAGAGAAGGUCGGGCAGGAAAUGCCUUUUAGAAGCCAGGAGUUGGAGUGAUUCAUGUGCGCAGGAAUGUUGAGAGAGGAGGACGUAGGGCUGGAGGAGUCCAAGGGGCCAGGCUUGAGAAUUGAUUUACUGUCAAGGCGAAUUACAAAGUGAGUGGGGAUAUGGUUAAGGGAGUCCUUUUUAAAGGGAAUCGCUUCCUUCGUAUUCCCUAGUGGCAUGCUUACCUCAACAUGCAGGUUUGAUGUUACUUAAAAAAAGGAAAAAACCUAGACCUUACUUCUACAUUUUAUUAAUUUUUUUUUUCUUUUUUGGUGAUUUUGGUUUUUUUUUUCCCCAGGAAGUGCCCAUGGCGACAUGUAUAGUCUGUCUGCAAGAGAUCAAUCAAAUGUAUUGCAUAGUUGUAAACCUUCCUGUUUCAUUUGUGGUGUCAAUUCAAUGUAAAAAAAAAAAGAAAAAAGAGGUUAAUGUAAGGUUUUGUGUAUGCAUUCAUGUGAAAAGCUAAAUUGUUUGUCUUAUACUGUACAGUCAAAUCGUCCAGUUCUAGUGUUUUUAGUGUAAGUAAACACAAUCAGAACAAUGUGAGUCUUGUUCUCUUGCCCCUUUGAUUUGGUUGUAAUGAGAACCCCUUUGCUGCCAGUGGGGGGUGGAGGUGGGGGGAUUGGGGGGGUGGUGGUUGUGGUUUGUUCAUAGCAGUUUGCUUUUUCUUCUCUUUGUUGCCUUGCGUGAUAAAAAUCUCCUUUUUUUUAUAAAAAAGAAAAAAAAAAGAAAACAACAACAACAAAAAAAUAAAGUUAAAUUACCUCCGAUGUUCCUGCACCUUUGAUUGUGUUUUCCCGUCUUCUUCCAUUUGCAAUAAAGAAGAAAAGCUAUUUCUCCCGACGUUUAAACGAGCUUGUAAAAAUUCUUCUUUUUAGGUCAAAAGUUGCCUUUCUUGAUCAUUUUAAAUAAACGUUUCAAAUGAA